AUGGCCGUCAAUGAAGAGCAGGCCAUUGAAAUGGAAGUGCUUCAAUCGAUCUAUGGAGCCGACAGCAAUUUCAAGGCGCUGGGCGACAAUCGUGUGCAGUACAAGUUUGGCGUUGAUAGCCCCAAAAGUUUUGUGAUAGAAAUUGAAUGGCCACCAGAAUAUCCCGCAGUAUCGCCUCGAAUCAACAUGGAUGUCUUCUACAAUAGUAACAUCGCAGACAAUGUCCGUCAGGAGAUUAAAAAUAAGGUACUUGAAGUGGCCAAAGAGAAUGAUGGUAUGGCCGUAACGUUCACUCUUAUCGACUAUGUUUCGUCAAAUUUCGAUGAACUCACGUCUAAAUGGGAGGUAAAGCAAACCCACACCGAAGCUGAUGUUAAAAAUGAAGAACGACGGACAGCCAAGGAUGAGCCGCUCACGAAAGCUGCCAAGAGACGUUUGUGGGAUCGGAACGAGGGCAAGGAAAGAGGCGCUGAUUGGGUCGAUAUAUUAAAACAUUUGGCACAAGUCUAA